AUGAUACACAACCUGCUCAAUGUGACCAGUUCUUUCGAGCAGCCCAAUAGUCUUGCCGCUCUGUUCUCCAAUUCAACUACCUCUUCACUUCUCGGCCCCAGCAGACAUGCUGACAGCGAAAUAGCCAUUCCAGCUGUUACUACCACCACUUCGACUGCCCUUGCCAGCCAUUUUAUGGCCUCAGAACUGGAAUCCGUACCCCCUUCAUUCGGCAGGCCUCUCGGUCCUUUCUCAACAGACGAGACAAGGUUCCCGGUCAUGCCGCGGUCACUAAGCCGGGAGGAGCAGCAACAGCAGUUUCAUAAUGAAAAGCACGUAGAUGUCGUAGAUGUAAUAUCGGGAUCUUCAUCGCGCGCUGCUUGGCCUUCAUCGGGAAUGCUGCCUGUCUGGCAGACAGUUGACUCUGCUGACCACUUUCAAUUCGGUGACAGAACAAUUCACAUGAACACGGGACGGGAAGAGAUUAAUGAAGUUAUUACCAAUGCCGAAGAGGGACGAGGAGCGCAGACAGACAAUGAUACACAGCCAUACGAAUGCGGCGACGAGGGUGAAGACUUGGUCUUCCUUUUGCCGGAGCUCAGCCAUUCAGCACCAAUAGGCUCUACUGCACUUGAGUUCGGCAAUUUCGAGACACUGGAUCCAUCUUCAAGUACUGUUAAACCCUCCACUGGAAUUACUUCAAAUCUGCUCAUGACAGACGGACUUUACCAGCAUUCUGGCAAUGGUCUUACAGAACAACAAGAGAGCUCAAGGCUCAUUCAAAGAACUGAGGCUCCAGUCGGCCGGCUAGCAGGUGCUCACUUGCCUGGCCCUAAUAACCCUGGAUUUCAACUAAGAGUAAGAUUUGAUUUUGUAUGUGUGUCUAGGAUAGAUAAUCUGAUAGAUUGGUAG